AUGCAAGCUACAAGGAUAAAUUUGUUCCUUAGUGCUUUAGCCUUGGUGGUAUUGAUAAUUAGCCAAUUUUAUACACCAUUCAAGUCGAGCGAUUUUACAACAAUACCCUCAUCAAAGACCAUAAUAAUUAACGAGACUUCACUCAUCGAUUUGUCUCUGCUAGAGCAAGAUUGCCAUUCACAACUCAUCAAGAAUUUUUAUUUUGUUCAAGCCUUAACAGAAUACAAGAAUGGUUGCGCUUCCGAUAACAAAUACUGUGGUGUGGCCAAUUUAGAUAGAAAAAUUGAUGCAAUGAUUUCCAGGCAAUUAGAAAAGUCUUUGAAUAGUGAGUGUGGUAAUCUUGUUAUUCAUCAUGAGCAGGUUGUUCCAAUUUUAAAGAAGGAGGUUGAUCAUCGUGUCUAUUCGAUUUGUAGAGGCUCCACAAAGUGUAUGAGUGCAGUCUUUGAAGUAAUUAUUUAUAUGCAAGUCUUUGAAUAUGCAAAUGAAAAGACAAACCUCAACACUCAACACAUCAGAAAGUUCAUGGAAACAAAGGCUUCCAAAUUAUUUGAUGAGCCCGAUAAGGUUUCACAAUUCAUUAGAACUGUACCAGGGUUGGAGGGAUAUUCAGGAUUUGAUAUUUCUGUCAAGACCACAAUGGAUAACACUGAUGAUGAGAGGGAAGAUAAGGUUGUAACAUCUAUCAUUUUUGGUAUUAUGGUGGUAUUGAUGGUCAUGCAAUACAAGUCUCUCACAUUGGAGCAAACCUCAUUGGAGAAUAGAAUAGAUAGGCUGAACAAAGAUCUAGAGUCUGCUAAUCAAAGAAGCAAAAUCAAACAGAAUGAAUUAAAAGAAAGCAGAGAUUUAGUUGCAUCGCUCAAAGACACAAUAGCUAAUCUUGAACAAAAGUUCGAGGAAGCAAAAACCGAAGCAAGAACUCAAAACUCAAACCUUGAGAGAUUAGAUGAGCAAUACAAGACCUCAACUACCAAACUUCAUGCAGAAAGUGCAAAAGAAAAGGAGGCAGCAAAGAAGAAAGAAGAAGAAUUAUCGAAGAAAGUUUCUUCUCUAACAGAAAAGAAUAGGGGUCUUGAUAAAGACUUAUCCUUGCAAAAGAAAGAAGCCACAUCUCUUAAAGAAAAGUUGGAAAACGAAAUCCAACAAUUAAAGACAGAAUCUCAGAAAAAAGAAAAUGAGGUACAAAUAAGACAUAAUAAUAUUUUCCAAGAGUUAAAAAAGGUAACCAAAGAAAAGGAAAGAUCUACGGAAAGAUCUGCAGAAUUAGAAAGAGAAACAAUCAAUAUUUCUGAAAUAGUUACCAAACUUAAAGGAGAAGUUUCUUCUUUACGUGAGGAAAAUGAAAACUCUGCAAAAAUUAUAGAUACCAAAAACACAAAGAUAUCGGAGCUGAAAGAUAAGUGA